AACCCUACUCAAAACCCUCGUCCGCCACUCUCACACCGCCGUGGACGGCGGAGCAAAGCUUCAUAUUCAUUUUUCUCCUCCUAUAACCGCAAAACCAACGGAAUGGCGUCAGCCACGGCUGCUUCUGAUGUAACCGAUGGACCAGUCCUUACUCUCAUCAACAAGCGCAUCCGUAACCUAAGAAAAAAACUCAACCGAAUCUCUCAGCUCGAAGGAUCCAUUGCUGAGGGGAAAUCCUUCAUCAAAAACAAAGAGCAAGAAGAACUCCUUAAAUCAAAACCUACGAUCGUCGCUGCUGUCGACGAGCUCGAGAAGUUUCGCCAGCCUUUAUCCGUCGCCGUUGAUGAAGAAAUCAAUCUUGCUAUACAACACCGUCUCGUUGGAGCAUCGGAAAACAAUGAUGAUGAAGUUGAUGGUGAUAAUGUGGGCAAAACCUUAGAAAAUGAACAAAAAGAGACGGUGCUACCUGUUGCGUUUGUGGAGGAUCUUCUGAGUUUGAUUUACUUUGGGACUAUGUUUGAUGUGAAAUCGCAGAGUGAUUUCAAUUCGAUUAUGCUGACAAGGACGCACGAGAGGAACUGUUGCUUGACGUAUGACUAUGUUACUGAUGAUGAGGCUGCUGUCAUGUUGGGAGAGAGGGAUUUGGAUUUGAUCUCGAUGAUGGGUUCUCUGUUGAUUUCAAGACCAGUGGAUUCGAGUCUUUCGCACCAGAAUGCAUUACAGAGAUGCAUUGAACAUGCAAAGCUUUGGCUUGCGAAGUCUGAACAGCCUAUUGAUUCGAACUCCAUUGUUACUUAUGCCGCUCUGAGAGAGAAAUUAGCAAAGAUUAUUGGGUCAGAUUUCUUCAAAAUAACACCAGAGAUGAAAGCAACUGCUGAUGUGGCUGCGGAAGCUGCAGGUAACUAUGCUUUCCAAGUGCCAGUGCAGGUGGAAUCAGUUACUCAUCAUGAACAAAAGGAAGAUGAUGCUCAAGAUUUUCAAAGAAAUGAGACAUAUGAAGACCAAUCUACUCCGAUUGAAGAUUCUCUCAAGUAUGAGGCAGAAGGUCAAAACUCCGUAGAAACUCUGGUUCAGGUGGAGUCGGUUGAAACACAUGCAGGUAGUGCAGACAAGGAACAGUAUGUACCUAGACGGUCUUAUCAGAACCAAAGAGGCGGUGGCGGUGGUCGUGGUGGCGGUGGGCGCAGAGGUUACGGAAAUGGCCGUGGUGGUCGAAGUGGUGGACGAGCUGGGCCAUACCAGAAUGGACGGAACCAAUACAAUGAUCAGCCUGGAGGUUAUUACCCCCGGAACUACCAAGGUGGUCGGGGAAGAGGCGGGCGGGGUAACAGCGGCGAUGCUUACAGCAACAAUGGUUCCAGUGUCCAAGUUGCGGAGUCUUGACCCGACUUCUUGAGGGGUUAGGUUUGGUUAUAUGGUUUUUUUGGUUACUAAAUCUUGUUUGGUAAAUGGUGAAAAAUGAUCUAAAAAUCAUUUUACAUGAAACAUGGAAUGAAUUGUCAGGAUCCCAUUUUCUCUUCUGAGUGCAAGUAAUGAUGGAUUCAUAUGUGAUUAGACAUCAAACAGAAGCAUAUUUUUAGACUGCAAAUCAAUGAAGGCUUUUUUUUUCUCUGGUCAA